GUUUGAUGACUAUGAUGGAGCCAUUGGAUUUGUCAACAUAAGAAAUGUGCACUGGAAGUUUGUGUAUCUCCAUGCCCUUUCAAACCACAUAUUUGUGGUUGAUCCUCUGCAAGGGUCAAAUGAAGUUGACGACUCCAGAAAGGCUGGCCAAAGAUUUGGACAGUAUUUCAAAAUGCGCCGGAACCGACUUGGAAAGGAGGACUGGGUGAACAUCAAGUGGCAGCCGGGCCAGAUAACCCACACCUGCCAGAAAGAUGGCAACAGUUGUGGGAUCUUUGUCAUGCAGAUGGCCAAGAUGACGGUGAUGGAACUACCAAAUAUUCCACAGCAUUUCCGCAUAAACUCAUCGAAACAAUCGAUGGAAAAGCUAAGAAGAAACAUGGCUGAAGACAUUCUGAAACAAUCAGUUUCAAAGGAUGAGCUCUGUUCCUUCUGUGGAAUUGAGGACCACCUGCCCAAAACUGAUGUUGAUGCUGUUUGGAUUCAGUGUGGAACUUGCUCAAGAUGGUUUCACACGCUGUGCCUUGGGAUGACAGCAGCACAAAUACCAAGCAAAGAUACCCCUUGGUAUUGUGUGUUGUGUAACACUUAG